ACAUAAACCUAAACCAGCAAAACGCAGAAACAUGGUGAAGUCUGCACCAUCUCUCACCCUUUCCUUCUUCUUCCUCUUUGGCAUCACCACCCUCAACUUCACACCAUCGUUCUCAGAAGCUCCCGAAAAAGUGGUGGACUCACAAGAAAGACCCGUUUCUUCCGCUGCAAAAUACUACCUUCUGCCAUUUUUUCCUGGCCCAGAAGGUGGCGCUAUAACAUUAGGUCAAGCUGAGAACUCAGCAUGCCCUGUUGCUGUUCUACAACCUACCGACGAGACUGACCCUGGCCUGGCUGUGAAGUUCGGCACCGGAGGAACAAGCUCCGGCGACAUCUUCACAGAAACGCCUUUGGAUGUUGCGUUUGUGGAUAAACCUUCGUGUGCUUCAUCUUUCAACUGGGUGGUGGUUUCUGAUGAUUUUCCGGGGAUAUGGGUGGGGAUUGGUGGCGAGGGAGACCAUCCGGGGAAGAAGGUAGUGCCCGGAAAGUUUAUCGUUCAGAAAUUUGGCUUGGGUUACAAGCUUGUGUUCUGUUUCGACAGCAGCGACAGCAGCACUUGUUAUGGCAUUGGGAGACACGAUGAUGUGCAAGAAAGGCGUCUUGUGUUAAACAAUGAACCCUUUGAGUUUUCGAUUAUCAAUGGUAGUUAAUGCUGUUGGAGGUUCCACGAAUUCUAUAAAACCUCUGUUUUACAAUAAAAGACCAACUAUAGAAUAUGGUUUGAUUUACUUUUACUGUAUCGUUCUUCAAAUGAUCGUAUAUUGGUGCAUGUAAUUAUAUUUACAUGUUAUAAUAAUAUUAAUCCGUUC